AUGUUCUCAGUUGGUCCUCAGAAAUAUCUCAUGCUUGCUGUUCUCAAUGCAGUGAUGUUCAGCUUUCAACAAAACACAGUUGAGGCAUGUACUGGCUCUGUAAUCACAGCUUGUAAUGACACCACUUCCUGCAUGCAGACAUAUGAGGAAGUCUACAAGUUGUUGGGAUCAAAUAUGAAUUACUUUAAAAUUGCCCAAGCUUUAUAUCCUGCAAAGAAGAUGUCAUCUCUUCUUGUCCGUGUGACGUUGAAUGGAGCCAAUGGGACAGAGAAAUACAGACCAGCCUAUUACACAUGGAGUAUGUCAUGCUUGUUUGCUGCCUUUCCUGGAUAUGUCCUAGAAGUUUUAUCUCUUGGUUCAAUUCUUGUGAGGUCUAGGACACAAAAAUUAGCUAUCACAAUAGCACCAUUUUGUUGUAAUGUAUCAGUGGAAAACCGUGUGACAAUAAUUGAAGAUGUAUUGGCAGCGGUAAGUGAUAUUUUUUGUCUUUAAUUAAACUUGCAGGAAGUUAGUAGUGAUGAAUUUACAUUUUAGGGUUGAAUGGAAAGAUAGAAAACCUGACUGUCGUAAAAAUUGUGGUGAUCUCAAUACUGUAAAACCGUUCAUAAAAUUAGUCUCCCAAAAACGCAGAUGUAUUUGUCAUUGUCUUCUACAGUCUUGAAGACAGGAUUGAGACUCUGACCAUUCCUAACUCAUUAGGGAAAAAAUAGUUCCAAUCGAGAGAUUGGACAAGACAAAUUUGUUAAGUAUUGCUAGUAGUCCUAGUACAGUAUGUGUGAACACAUAGGGCAUAAUCUUAGGUUUAAUAACAUCAGCUUAUGCUACCAUAAUUUUGAAGUUAGAUUUGUUGUGUACUCCAGGCCUGUAGCCUGACCUAAAUCCUGUUAUUCCAGGAGUACCCAACGAGAAAAAUUUCAAAAGUGAUUGGAUAUCGCUCCCAGUAAUAUUUUAACAGUCACUAAUUGUUUUUUGGUUGAUUAUUAACUUCUCUGGCAAAAUUAUAUCCGCUUCCCAAAGCCAGCUAGAGCUAGAUUUUAAAGUACAAUAUCCAGCCAGGAUCUUUACCUUGAGGGCUUUUCCCAGCCAGGAUUUUUACCAAAAAGUCAUGUCCCUAGCCAGGAAUGUCUCUUUCGUCCCUUUUUUGCCAGCAAAAAAAAAUAUCCGACAUUUAGCCAGCCAGGAAAAUAAAUUGAGCCAUUUUAUCAGGGGCACCCAACGAGAAUAUAGUUCAAAACCACUGAACGUAGCAUUGUUAAAAGUAUUUUAGUAUUUAAACGGUAGAUAUAGACAUAUUUUUAUCCUCUAAAAAUUUUUCAUCUGUUCGGAUUUUCUAGCUGAAAGUCUAGUCAUCCGAAAAUAAUAGGGAUAAAAACUUACCUUUUCGAAAAUUUCAGCCAGAAAAAAGGCUCCCGAAAAUUCUAGGUGACCUUUUUAGGGUAAAAAUCCGUUAAAAAAUGGGCAAUUAUACCAUUUUUUAGAUGGUCGAAAAUCCUAGGAGAGGCGGGCAAGCAAGAAAUUUUAUAAAAAAUGUUCCGAAAAUUCUAGAUCUUAAAUCGUCUUCCGAACAGAUAUUUUCCGAAAAUUGACGUUGGGUGCCCCUGUUUUAUCCAGGUGAUACGAAAAAAUUUAACUAAACGAAAGCUUAGUGGUAUCCUGGCGAAUACAAAUAGUGUUGAGUUCAGUUCUUUCUAAGGAAUAGGUUUCCAGACAUACCUCAUCGUUUUCACUUCGCUGGUGAUGAGCAAUUUGCUUGUUUUUGUGAGUUUUUUUGAUAUGCUGAAAAAGAACGUAAUGUACUUAUCACUUAUCCCAAGCUUUGGAUCCUUCAUUCAGCUACUCUCAGUGUCCUUUCCAUCACCACCUACAUCAUCAGUCUGUGGGUAAAAGAUAACUGAUAUUUGUUAUUCUAUCUAUUUCUCCGUCUCUGUCCUGUUUUAGCUUAGUCUUGAGCGACUAAUUAAGAGAAACGCUGUGUGUUCCUCCCACUUCUCUCCCAUGUCAAAUCAAAUUGUUUAAAAGGAUACCCAAUGGUUAGAAUAUGUUUAAUGUUGGGCAUUACGCAAACUAACCUCACAUCUUGGGAAGGACAUUUAUUGCAUUGAUUAUUACCUUUUUUUUGAAAAAAAAAAAUGGUACCCUCGCCCUCGGCAUGGAACCCUCGACCCUCGACCCUCGACACUCGACAAAAAGAUAGACUCGCGCGCGGUGCACCCUAGUUGUCACUCAAAGCCAGCGCUAUCUUUGAACUUUCCUAACUAGCUGUGGGAGGUGGGGGAAGUGCCCAUGUCCCCCGUCUGAAUUUCACAGCCAGCUAUGUCGCAAUUUCGGAACAUUCUUGUGUCGCCUGUCGGAAUUUCAAUAAUAGUUUUUAAGCUCGUUGCCAGUCUGACAAUCCGCUUUGGCGGCAACAACGCUAACGGAACAUACGGCAUCUAUCUUUAGUACAUUUAAGCCCAGGGUUUUAAGACCUUUACAGAUGUUUGAUAUUCAUUCAGACUACUUGGAAUAGUAAUUGAAGUCAAUAAAAUUCCAUUUAGUAAAACUAUACAGGUGUAGAGAUAUUUUUAAAAUGGCUUGGCGUGAAUCGAGGCCUAAUCUGGCAGAACACUUGAGCUAUCAUAACGUUUCUAAAAUUCUGGUGGUGCAAGAGUCUAAUGUUUCUUCCGAGAUAAACUCUGAUUUAGUUGUCAGACUGUGCUUUUCCGUAACUAUAACAACCCAGGAGGAAGGACAUUAUAAACCAUUCAUUAUCUGUAAGGCAUGCGUUUACAAGAAGUCUGUGAAAAAUGAACUAAAGGUCCAGACGAUUUGGGCGGAUGACAGUUCUUCCGGAUGUUGUGCGAAGUGGCAUUCCUUCAAAGACGACGUUUGCUGGGCUUUCAUCAUCAUCAGAGUCGAGGUCGCUGUCCUCUUCACCGCCUUCUUUGUCUGGCAAAAGGUCUUCCACGUCAUUUUGGUAUCGAAGAAAUGUCUCGUAUGAUACCUCCGUCAAUUUCACAAAAUCGUACCCUUUUUCAAAAUGCUCUUCCCCCACUUUACUGACGAUAGCAUCUCGGUGGAUUCGCACGCUUUCAUUCAAAGUAAACAGCAGACAGUCUUCAAAUGAAGAAACAAAGAACUCAAUAUCACAAAAAGAAUUCUCUUCCUUGUCGGUGACAUCAGCUACGACAAUUCCAACAAAAAAGGGUCCCCUGUUCGGGUAUCCACGUAUGUGGUCGCGCUUGACGACCACAACACUGUUGGCCUCAAAUAAAAUGGCUCCUCUGACAGCUUCCUGCUCAACCUCUGUGACCACUGUUUCUCUAGCUGUGAGGUCCGUCGUCUGUGGUGGAAAAAUCUAAUGGUCUUGGAGGCUGAUCUGGUGUUGUGUAUGCGAACAAUGGAAGUGUACCUACAUUGUCCUUGGUACUUUGAUUUCGAACGGGCAGUUGACGGACCGGUUUACCAAAGCUGUCCCUCCAGUCUCUCAUCAACCUCUGGUCAUCUUUUGCCAUUUCUACUGACGAUGGAACAGACAAAGAAGGCAGGUCUCGAAACGGGAGUUUCAUCUCAUCUGGUACUUCAUAAUAAGAGUGUGGGGAAGUGUAGUAGACAAAGCCAAUGUCAGUGAGUUGUUUCAAUGACUCGCGAAUGGUGGGCGCAAAUAGAUAUGCAAACUCCAAGGCACUUGGCAUGUCAUUUCUGGAGCGCAUUUGGCUGAAAAAGUUCUCCACAACAAGUGUCAAAGUGGCGACCAGUUUGAGAAAGCUGUUGAACCCUGGGUUGACGUCUUUCAGAAAAUCUCUCAAUGAACAUAAUGACUCGCUUUCUCGCUUUUUCUUUCCCUUUUUGUGUUUUUUGUGUUUUCCCAUGCCGUUGAUGCCGUCACCGGCACUCCGACGACUCGCUAAUGACUCUGAUAGUGAUGUAUUUCAAUAACUCGCUUACUUUUUGGAACACCGAGAUGAACGCGAUCGAUAAAGAAAAAAAAUCUCUCUAACAGAUUGAUGGAGCGCGCACGUGGGUCAUGGAAGGAGGAGAACAUGACACGCAAAGCGGCAAAGUCCUCAAAGGGAGUGAUGCACUGAACACGUCAAUCAAAUGAAAUGAACAAUCAAAACAGCAGUAAAAUGAGACGUAUUUCUGUUUGCCUUUAUUGCACCCUUAUUAGCCAUUAUUGGCCAUUAUUGAUCAUUAUUAAGUAAUUACUACCGAAUAGCGUACGCGCAAAUGUUCUGCAGGACAUUCACAAUUCUGUCAAUUCUCAAAUUCGCUGUCGGUCUGUCUUGACAUUGAUGUCGCUUUCGCUAAUUCGUUGCAAUAGUCUGUCGGUCGUCGCCAGUUCGUGGCCCUCAUGUCGCCAGUUGAAGGCCAUGCCGCUUGUCGGAAUUUACCCCAAACAGGGCCUCAGCUGUCAUUUUCCUUCUCCAGCCCAAAAAUAACUGGCAACUGAAUGAGCCAGAGCACAUUCUUUAAAGCCGCAGGAAACCAGAGGCGAUAGGAAUAUGUUUUUUUCCAGCCAGCAUCGGCAUUCAAAAUGAAAAACCACAGCCAGAAAAGCGUUUCGGCAAAGUUCCCAGCAAGAGUUUCUCAUCCUUUAUUUAGUUACCAGCCAGCAAAUUCUUAGCCUGAGGAGCGGAUCCGUUGGGUACUCCUGUUAUUCUAAUUCUAAUUGUGUAAUCUACAAAAGGUGUAACCCAUCACAUUAGAUCACAGGGUCCAGGGGAGAUAUGUUUGUCGUUAGAACAUCAAAACCCUUCGAAAACCUCUGAAAAAAUGCGUUAUUUUGAUCGCGUUACAGUUUCGUUGUACAUUCUAUAGACCGCAAACCAAGAGACUGAGUGGCCCGAGGGGCGACGGCCUUCGGUCACCCUUCGGACGACGUGUCGUGCACCAGCGAGGAUAUGGCUUGCGGUUAUUGAUUCUGGGUCAGAUAAGAAGCAAAGAAAUCGUUUACAGUAUAUUUAUAAAGAUCCCGUUGGGCUAAUUAAUUGUGCUAAGCGACCGGUAUAGACAUUUUUCAAGGCGAGACUUAAAAUAAGUAAUUCAUUUAUUCACACGAAACUCCCCUGGACCCUGUGAUUAGAUGGGCAAAUGUACAUGAGCUAGUAUUAGAAUGAGACAACAGGACGCUGUGGGAGCAUAUAUUUACGCGUCGAUGUACUUCGCGUGUGUGAAGUUUUUUAUGUGUAUUGGGGAUGUGUGAGUAGUGCAGUAGCGUUAUAUAUUUUAGGGGUUGGUUGAGAUGUGUGAAGUUGAAGGCAUGGAGUUAUAUUAGACGUAGAUUGGUAAGAUAAUGGCUGUAGUUUGUUAAUCAGUGAAACUGGUUUCUCGUAGAAUUUAAUAUGAAGUAACAAAAAAUAAUUUUUUUGGAAGGUAAAAGUGAUUGUAGGUGUUGCAGUGAGGUAGUUGUGGGAGUGCUAAUUUGGUUAUGAGGAAUAGUGUAGUUCAGUCUGUUGAUAUAAAGUGGUGGUUGUGAAAGAUCUCAUCAAUAGUCGAAAACAUACUUAUUUGAAACGUUUUUAGGCUUUCUGUUUAGGAUUGUUUUUCGGUUAUUUUUCAUAAUAUUUGUAUGGAGAGAACGUUGAUAAGGGAAAGUUCAUUUAAUAUAGAGAAGGGGCUAUGAAGAUAUUGAGGCGCGGGGAAGAGAGGGGGGUCUGAAAUUUUGUGUAUGUGUUCUGGGGCCUUUGAAAAAUCGGUGAGGUCAAGGGGGAGGGCGUACAAUCUGGCAAUAGAACUAAGGGCCUACUAACAUGAGCCGGGCUGGCUCGCUUUGCACAGAUCUCGGCACCUUAGUUAAACGCACCAAAAACCAACUUUCCGAUUAUAUGACAACCGAGCCAACCCGGUUAGCUAGGAUCCCAGUAUUGUGAUGCCGGGAUCCCAGGCGGAAAUUUUCGAAGUAAUCUAGCCUGCGUAGCUGGCGGUAUUGUGUGUUAGUAAAAUGCAACUAGUGGUCUAUUAUCAAUGCGGCGUUCUUACUGGUUAAGCUACUACUAGGCUAUAAUUAUGUUAUAGCCCACUAGUAGCGAAAAGCGCCGGCUUUGAAAACCAAAGCAGUGGCGGCUGAAUCGCGUUUUGCUAGCUAAAGUUGUUUUGUCUCGAUAUUUUUGACAAACUAGUUGGAUUUUACUAAAACAAUUAUUUCUCUCGCCCCCAUUGCCUCUGAGUCAAUAGCCCAUUCGGCCUUUUGCCCCAUGGACUAUUGACUCUCAAGUAGUUGAGUGAGAUUUGGCGGCGAAGCCGUCACGAGCGGUGUAAGCCGCGAGAAAUAGAAAUACCACCUGCCAGAGAACCAGGAUUUUUCGAAUGCCGCCUACUUUUAUCACCUCAAUUUAGCGGACCUCUUAAGCAAUAGAUAUUCAUUUCAAAGAAUUCAAAAGGUCACGGUUUGUAAUUUGUGAUAGGUGGAUUUCGAUCCUUUUUUAUUUCAAGGUUCCUUACUUGUGAGCGUCCUGUCUCGGGCAAUUAUCGACUUGUCUGCUGCAGCAUUUUGGCAUGAGGUAAAAGUCGUGUAGGCAUACCACCCCCUUUUAUUGCUAUGAUUUGUUUACGGGUAGGCCCCGUUUUACCUUAUGAAAAUCAACACAGGCACUAAUAAGAACCAAGCACAAAGUAGAAAGUUCAACAUUGCGCACCUAACAAGGAACGUAUCCACUGCAGUUUUUAGAGGGAGUGUACGGAAACUCUGUGCGCACUUAUUUGCAAGAGUCCUCGAACUCUUCCAUAAAACAAAGUGCUUAAAUUUUCACGAAAUGCUAUCCAAGAAAACACACCUCUAGCUUGAAGCACAAGAGGAUCGAAAUACACACUCUGUAAUUGGUUACGUCCAGAGACCAACAGGAAAACAAGAAUUUCGAUCCGCCACGUGGGUAUUUAUGUUCAAGUUCAAAGCUCAAUAGACAGAACGGCUGUACUGUACCGUUCUCGCCACAACAAAGUACAACUAAAGUUGCUCUUGCAAAAGCAACUAAGCACAAAGCCAACCCGGCAACUGAUGAGGUUCGUGUGGAGAACCGAAACCAUGGUCUUGCCUGAUCACAAACUGUGGCAAUAACAAAACAGUUUAAAGACUGUUAAGCUUAUUCAAAGCUAUUACCAAGGGAGGAACUACGCGCUCCAGUCAAAAGACUCGCACUAUCUUUAGAAAAACACUAAGCUGGAGUUUACUGAGUCACAAUUCAAUUCUCCAUAGUAAGUUUAUGUAGCUUCAGUUUAAGCUGCAGUUCACUCUUAUAAUUUUGGAUCUGUAAGUCACUAUCCGUGAUAAUUUAGAAAACUGACGAGCUGGGCCCAGCGUGAUACAGCAUUGCAGAAAAACAUUACACUCACGGACUAAAGAAAAUCGCUUAAUUAUUCAGAUCCAGAGGGCACUUUGGAGAAAAUUGGAACCCUUAUUCAGCCGUAAUAAAAAAGCUUUACGCUUCAAAAGAGGUCAAAGAAAAUGCGCUUGCAUCAGACGGCAAAUCCUGCCGACCAGAAAACAAUAACUACAGUAAAUUGAUAUGUAUGUCAUGAGCUCUCAGUGUGAAACAUGCGGCUAAAAUCACAUUUGCUCAGUAUAAAUGGGACAUUUUUUUCUUUAAAUUUUCUUAGAAUAAGAUUGUAAUGGGAAAAAAGAUAAUUGUGCCGUCUUUNUUUUUUUUUUCUCUUGCUGGGCAUUUAGUAGGCUUCAUUUUGGUGGGAAGAGUUUUUAGGAAAGCUUUUAGGAUCUUAGGAUUAGGUGAAAGGAAAGGUAGGUGGGUAAUGGAACAAGAUUUUCAUGGAGAUUUUCAGGUCCUUGUCACGUGGUUUUUUGCUUCUUUCUCCGGUGUCCUUGACUGAAUUGUGGUCAUUCUGGUAUGGUUUGAAAGAUCUCUUCACUCUGCACAAGUUACCGAAGAAAGUUGUCCUUGACCGUUAAAACUGAUGACGUCACAAAGGGUAGAAAGGACCUGGAUCCGCACGGGCGGUUACGGGCGGUUCAGGGGCGAAUGGGUUAAAGAAACCUAAGGAAUUUGAUGUACGUAUUUCCUCAGGAAGAUUGUUCCAUAGAAGAGGGCCACUGUAACUGAAGCUACGCUUCAGGUAAUCAGUUCUUGGUCUUGGGAGCAUUAAUUAUUCCUUCGCGUUGCGAAAAUAGUAAUUCGGUGUUCUUGGGGUAAACAAAUUACAGAGAUAAGCUGGGGCGAGAUUAUUAAUGCACUUGUACAUUAAAUUACAGGGGCACCCAACGAGGAUAUAGUUCAAAACCACCUAACAUAGCAUUGUUGAACGUAUUUUAGUAUUCAAACGGUAGAUAUAGGCAUAUUUUUUUUUUACUUUUCAUCUGUUCGGAUUUCCUAGCUGAAAGUCUAGUGAUCCGAAAAUUAUAGGGAUAAAAACUUACCGUCUCGAAAAUUUCAGUCAGGAAAAGGCUCCCGAAAAUUCUAGGUGGCCUUUUUUAGGGUCAAAAUCCGUUGAAAAUGGGUAAUUAUACCAUUUUGUAGAUCUUCGAAAAUCCUAGGAGAGGCAGGCAAGCAAGAAAUUUUACAACAAAUGCUUCGAAAAUUCUAGAUCUCAAAUCGUCUUCCGAACAGAUAUUUUCCCGAAAAUUGCCGUUGGGUGCCCCUGAAAUCUGCAAAUGAAAUUAUGCGUCAUUCAAUGUUACCCUUAAUUAUCUCAUGCACGAUACGGAAUUUAACCUUUAAACAUUAACGGGAAAUGCACCCUUGUAUGACUAUGUCACAUUUGCAGACUGCAUACCCAUAGUUUUCUUGGACAUUUGUUCUACUCUGGUUUCCUUGGGGUUAAUUCCAUUAUGAUUUAGCUUUGUAUGUAGUCUGAAUAUGCCAGACGUCGUUAUAGACUGCCUAUUUUUUUUUUAAAAAAAAACGUGCUGGUCGUCUCUGCACACUCUCAAUGUCCUUUAUGUCUUUGAAUGUCAGGUUCCAUGUAGUGUCCCUCGCAGCCGUUUUUUGGAUGUUCCGCAACGCUUCCCCAACAACGCUCCCCCUCUUUUGGGGGAGCGUUGCGUGACAUCCAAAAAACGGCUGCGAGGGAGACUAGACUAGGUUCCAUGCGCAACAUCAAUGUUCAAGCUGUGGUUUAACUAGAGCAAGAUAGGCUGGCUCUUCUACGUUUUCUGGGCACUUAUUUAGGUUUUCUUCUUUUGUAGCAAACAAAUCUUUGGGUUUUACCUAUAAUUCCAGCAAUAUGGACACUUCAGUUUAGGUCACUGCAUAGCUCAACUUAGUGAUCAAUAGCUUCCAAGGGUGCUCUGUGAAUGGUGUACUGGCCGAGAGAUUUCGAGCACGAGACUCUUUAGAUGGUGCACUUCUUUGCAUUUAACGACAUUUGCCACGUGUCCGCCUGUGUACAAGCGUGUUUAAUAACAGCUUCAGUACUUCACACGGUUUUCUUUUUCGCCUGCGAGCAAAAAGAUUUUUCGUAAAAAGUAGACACGCGAGAGGAGACGCGAAAGCGGGGGGCGGGGAAGAGAAAGGAGCCUAAAUUUGGUGCUAGUCUUUCGAAGCUUGUAUCCAAUUUCAGUAAAAUGAAAAUGGUCAGAGAUAUCCUUCGGAUUUAGUUGUUGCGAGUGCAGUGGGAGAAAGUAACGUCUCUCUAAUCUGAGUGUUUUAGAUUUGCGGUUCACCUUCUUUACUCUUAAUUUCCUGUCUGAAGAAAGCCUUUUUGGCUCGCUUUAUUUUAUCGUAGACGUCGUUUUUUACUGAUCUUCUGUUAUUUUCCCAGUCCGCAGCGGUAUUCUUUAAUCUAUCACGGUAAUACAGUGGCACGUCGAUUUACGAAGUGCCAAGGGACUAUGGAAAUUUGUUCGUUAAAUCGAGGGUUCGUUUUAUCAAACACCUCCAUUUAACGAAUUUUCGGGAAAACUACAAAAAUGUUCGUUAUAUCGAGGUAUAGUUUAUAAUUAAUCUGCAAAACCGAGCAUUUCUGGGUCUGAAAAAUUACUGUAAUAAUAUUUCAGUACAGAGCUUUAUAUCAUGAUACAUAGCUACGGCACUAGAACUCAAGAACAGGCAAACAAAACUGGUUAAAACUACUGUAUACAAAAAUGUUAUCCUUGUUACUCUGUUUGGCAUUCAUCUUUUAUCACAUGCUGACAUUUACUCGUUAAUAUAUCGAGGUAAAUUUUACGUUUGCGCUUGUGGAUUUUGUUCGUUAUAACGAGGUUUCGUUAAAUCGAGGUUCAUUAAAUAGAGGUUCUGUUCUAUACAUUUUCCUGUAAUUUGGCCGGAUUGAAGAAAAUCGUUCGGUCCGUUCGUUAUACCGAGGACUUCGUUAAUGAUGUAGAGGUUCAUUAAAUCGAGGUUCCACUGUACAUCAUUUUUUUUAUUCCAGGGUUACUGCGCUUUUCACAAACAUGCGAAUUCUGAAGUUCAAAAGCCAACUGACGAUUGCGUUUUUCGCUGCCGUCAAUCAUCUUAACGGACCUCUUAGGAAACAAUGAAAAAGGGAAAUCGAAAAUUUUCGGGAUUCGCCGAAAAUAUGAUGGAGAGACGCAUCAGAAAAUUCUUACCUUCUUAAAGGGUUAAAUUACAUCAUAAAUUUUCGGGAAAAUAAUAUGGAUGCCCUAUUACUGCGCUUUUCACAAAAAUGCGAAUUCUGAAGUUCAAAAGCCAACUGACGAUUGCGUUUUUCGCUGCCGUCAAUCAUCUUAACGGACCUCUUAGGAAACAAUACUUUACUUUAACGGGUUCAAAAGGUCAAGGUUUGUAAUUUGUGAUUGGUGGAUUUCGAUCCGUUUUGUGUGUUUCUAUGUUUCAAGGUUCGUUUCUUGUGAUCGUAAUUAUGAUUGACGGCAGCGAAAAACGCAAUUGUGAAGGCGGCCUUUGAACUUUAGAGUUCGCAUGUUUGUGAAAAGCGCAGUAAUCCGAGAUGAAAAGGUUUGUUGCGCGCGCACUCUUAAAGUCUAAGGGUCGGUUAUUUAAACGAAGUCUAACUUAGACUGUGGUUUAAGAAAUCUUUGGACCUCCAUCUCCCUUCUUUAGUGGGUCAAUUUAAGAAGAUAGAUGCUUUUUUAGUCUACACUAUAUGCUUCAAUGAAACUGUCCACGACAAAUGGUGUUUAGAUAAAAGCGUUGGGCAAACUGAAAAUGACUUAGAACAGGAGCUGCUUAGCGCGCGGUUUUGUUCAACACUGGUUUAACUCCGUUGAAAUAACAGGCCCUAAGAGUGCGUGUUUAUCCAGUAGAUAGUCAACUGGCUUUACAAAAUUAGCCUCAAGAAGAUUUUAAGUUCGCUAAUAGUCUUUGAAGGUUUAAUGUCGUAUUUAAAAGUUAAAGUCGAUCUUACUCUUUAUUCUUUCAGCUUCAGGAUCUUGCUGUCAGUCCAGGAAUACAAAAUCCAAGCUUAAACACAGCGGAGUGUGUCACUGAGGGGCAUGAACCUAACCUGGCAGACACAGAACGUGAAUUAUAUAUAAUAGCAACAAUGUUGCUCUCUUUUAGUUUCGCUGUCUUUCUUGGCCCUUGGUUGGCCAUUUAUACUCUCGCAUUUUUAGACAAAGUUAAACCUAAGGACUCAUGUAUAGCCAUGUAUAGAGCUCUAGUGGUGGUUUUAUCACUCAUGUUAAUAGGAGAGCUUGGAUUAUUUGUUAUAUCCAUAGUGUUUUUAUGCAGAAGUGAUGCUCCAGUUCUUCUUAAAAGGCUUAUGAUAUCAUUUCUCAUAAUAACGUUUCUUAAAGGGCCGAUUGUGGGAUGUAUUUGGUUUAUAAAAAAUGAACUAAACCUGAAUGAAUGGAAGUCCAAGGAUCAGUUAUUUAAACUGAAGAAAAUAUCGCCAAUUGUUAGUAUCUUUUUGUGGGCUUACCUGACCUUGUAUCAUUUUUGCUGGAUGGUAACUGGAAUUAUGGUGCAUGCAUUGUGGAGUGUCACUGUUCUUCUUUUUGUUGGUGUUAUCAUUACUGCCCUAUUCUUUGCAUUGCAGUUUUUCUUUAAAUUUUGUUACGAUUCUAAGAAUCAACUUAGAAAUUUCUUUAUUAUCUUGUACUGUUUAACUUUAUUUUUCCCGUUCGUAUUCCUUAUUUUUCUAGUGAUUGCAGCAGGGCAAAGAGUUUUUGUAAGCAAUACUAUCGAUGACGUGGUAAAAACGAUU